CAUCCUCUUUGCUCUAGUCUGCUGUCUGCUAGUGCUAGCAAAAGAAUUUGUAAAGGUUUGGUGGAAUGUUAUGUUGUAAUUUAGUGUUUUGGUUAUUUUCAAUAAUUUGAUUGUAAAUUUUAUAAAUAAGUAAAUUGCCAUGGUUGUAUGCUAAAUACUAAAUAGUAAAAGACCAAAAAUAUCUGAUAACAAUACUUAUGAUUAAAUCACAUUCCCCAUGUAUGGUCCAACAUAACCUUAAAAUGGAAAACGCUCUAAAACUAGCCUUGAAUACUGCUUCAUUGACACGAACUGGACAUAGCGGCGGUGGAUGCAUAAACCAAGGAGAAGCUUAUAUCACUGACAAUGGCACUGUAUUUGUCAAGAGUAACAAAAAAUCCAAGGCACGUUUGAUGUUUGAUGGCGAGUUUGAAGGAUUGAGCGCAAUUGCUGCAACAAAUACGGUGGCUGUUCCAAAACCGAUAAAAGUCCUUGACAACCCUGAUGGUGGCGCCUGUCUAGUCAUGGAAUUCCUGGAGAUGAAGGGUCUUAGGAGGUUCUCACAGCAGCUUGGUGACAGCCUAGCAAAGUUACACCUCCAUAAUGAAUCCUUGCGGAAUAUCAAAGAUUCAGGAUACGUCAAGGAGUUUGGCUUUCAUACUACCACAUGCUGUGGGUACAUCCCCCAUGAGAACUCCUGGAAAGAUGACUGGGUGUCAUUUUUUGCCCAAAAUCGACUUGACUACCAGUUUAAACUUUUGGAAAAAGAGAAGGGAGACAGAGAAGCCAAUGAGCUGUGGUCCAGAUUACAAAUUGUGCUUCCUACGUUCUUUAAGGACCUUGAGAUAAAACCUUCGCUUCUACAUGGAGAUUUAUGGAGUGGAAAUGCUGCCGAAACUAAAACUAAUCCAGUGAUAUUUGAUCCAGCAACGUUCUACGGUCACCAUGAGUAUGAUCUGGCUAUUGCUGGCAUGUUUGGUGGCUUCAACCGCAGUUUCUAUGAUGCAUACCACAAGCUCAUCCCGAGAGCUCCAGGCUUCGAGAACCGACAUAAGCUAUAUCAGCUUUUCCACUACCUGAACCACUGGAACCAUUUUGGAAGUGGUUACCGAGGCUCUUGCAUAUCGACAAUGAAGAGUCUUCUGAAAUGAUGCCACAUCACAACCCUCAACUUCACAAACUAACCCUCACCCCACCCCCACUCCCACCCCCUCUUGAGGUGUUGUGAUUAAUACGGUUUUCUGACAAUGACGAUUUCGUACACGGAGUGUUUCCUUAUGUCUGUGUGACGAGGCUUUCACGCUACGAAUCGCACUACGCAAUCAUGUCUUUCACUGAGCAAAUCUGGUACAGCAUUGCCGAACUUUGUUUUGGUUUAUAUGUGUCGUUACCUAACUAACAGUGGUUAAUUUUUUAAAAGCAUUUGUUAUUUUUUUCAAUUAGUUUUCAUGGUAGAAGUUUGGAUGUAAGAUUUUGUCUAUUAAGGUAUUUAAACUACUUAUUAAUACUUGUGAAUUCCCAAUUAAUUAGAUAAUCAGCAUUUAAAUACUGUAGUGUUGUAAAGAACAUACUAUAAUUUAUUUGUUAGAAAAUAAUCACUAUUUAUAAGAAGUAGGUACUUUAGGUAAAUAUUACCUAUGUAAUGUAUCGAGUUUUUGUGUAACAACAUAGUAAAGAAUCCUGUACAUUGCAGUUAAUCCAUUGAGAUGGUAAUAGUUUUAACUCUGCAUGGACUAGUGACACGUUGGCAAAAGUGGAGGAGUUUGUUCAGCCUCAAAAGUUUUGUAGUAAGUAGUAGAGUACUAAAACUAAAAACUAACUUUUUCCGUGAAUUAAUGCUGUUUGAAACUUAUAAUAAGUAUAAAUAUACAAAUACAAGGACCAUUCUGAAAGUUUUGAGAUACUGGCAGACAAUGCAUACUGUAAUAAUCUCAUGAGAUUGUCUGAGCAUCAGUCAGUGUCGUCUGUUUGGAAAAAUAAUUUCGUGACUACAUGGAGUUAUUGAGAAAGCAGUUUUGGGCUAUAAUUUUUUGCAAUUUUAAAGUGGUUUGUUUCAAGAGGGUUUGUCGAACAUUGAAAGUUGCCUUUGAUUCCGGAGCACAUAUUGCUGUUUAUAGGUGGUAUUCAGAAUUUCAGAGUGAUAAUUCGUGUCAAUAGACGUUUAGGAAGGCCGCAUUCUACUUUCACUCAAGAAAACAUUGAUCAGGUGCUUGCUAUGAUCCAAGAGGACAGAUACUGCACUUAUUUAAUUAUUGAAAUUUCCCUAGGAAUUGGAUCCGUGGACUAAUGUAACAGUUUGAACAUUCUUGUAUAUCUUCUCAAAAAGUCAGGAAAUUUGUUUCUCAAUGGGUAAUUCACAAUUGGACAGAUGAGCAAAAAGCUCAAGAUGAGCAUAUGAGAAUCAGCCAGCAGACCCCAACUGUUUAAUAAUGGUGGUCGUUAGAUUAUUAAAAAAUUGCACAGGUAAUGAGACAUAAAUGCUAUUUUAUGACAUUCAAAAUUGUGGAGAGAGUCGCGUAUGGGUGUUUGAAAACGAGCCAUUCCCUAUAAUUUUGGUCAAAAAACAAUUGGUAAAGAAAAUAGUGUAUGUUGUUUUCUUCAGCAUUAUGAGACCGGUGAAAGCUAUUUAUCUGGAAGGACAAAGGGCUCUCACAAUAAAUCGGUACACUGAACAAUGAUUGUCAGAAGUUCAUUAGAACUAGAAUACUAAGGGUUUAAAUUUGCACCAUGACAGUACCUCAAACUCCUCUUACUACUGCAAAUCUUUUUAGUUUUUGGCCAAAAACAGCAUCUAAAAAAUGGAGCACUUCCCUUAUUCACCUAAUCUCGCUAUGUGCGACUGGGUUAUUCUUCAAUCUGAAGAAACAUUUGAGGUCAUUGCUUUCCUAAGCCAAGAUUGGUUAUGAGAUUUGUAAAUAUUUUGACUCCAUACAAAAUGAAUGGCUGGUUGCUUUCAAGGAGUGGAAAUACUAUUUCAAAAGUUGAGUGACACUGGAGGAGAUUACUUUGAUUACACCUAAUGUUUGGUAACUCUGACAAAAAACUCAUAUAUCUAACAAAAUUUAGAAUAACCCUGGUAUUUCUACUGUAGUGUUGUUUAUGAUUAAAUAAAUUUUCUACAUUGUCUACUUAUA